CAUGCAAGCACAAGUUGAUGUUUAUUGAGCAGGAUUAAUGGAUAUUUCUUAAUCUAUCAGCAUGGCAAAGUACGUUCUUGGUAUUUAUAGUGUUAUGAUUGCCAUUCUAAAUCAAGGAAUUUCAAAUGAAUCACAAUUGUGUUAUGACAGUGUGAGAGGGAAGGUGUGCUGUGUUGGAUACGUGUGGAACACACUUUAUGGCAACUGCACAGCUUGUGAAGUUGGAUUUCAUGGCCCAAAUUGCACAGUGAGAUGUCCACCUCCGUCGUAUGGAAAGGACUGUCAAUUGAAAUGCACCUGUAACGAUGAUGAUUGUCGUCACCAUCACGUGUAUGGUUGUAUUAAAACUAUAACAGAUGAAUAUGACUCAUCGACAGUCACCAUUCAUCCUAUUUUGGAAACAAAUGAAAACACAGGAAGCGUAGACUCCCCAUCUACUAAAUUUGAAGGCAACAUCAAAAGCCACAGUGUCAGUAAGGAUAGAAAAGGCUUGGACUUAGAGGGAUCCCUCAUGAUCAGUAUCAUCUGCCUUGCAGUAGUUGCUGGUGUGCUUAUAUUUAUUCACAUGGGGAUUCGAUCAUUUCUGCUUAGAUUCUGUUCCAUGGAGAUGACUGCAGUACAGAUAUAAAUCCAACAACAAAACAACAUAAGCUUCAAUGACCUACUCAGAAAUAUGUCUGUGAUAUUCGAGUAUGGAUAUAAUUUUGUUCAAUAGUGGUUUUAUGAUAAACGGAAUAGGAAGCAAUCUUGAUGAUAAUGAAACGUUUAUAGUAUACGAAUUUGCAUUAUCUUAUUUAUAUUUCUUUUAUUAUACGAAAUAUUUAUGUUUGCUCCACACAAUUAUAUCAACUUCUAUGAAGUAUAAACUCCAAAAACAUAUGGAAGAAGCAUAAAUCAAAU